CAGCUUGCAUAGUAUUCACAGGCAAGGAAAGGGAAAUGACAUGCCAGCUUCAGCAUUUCAUGUGCAAUAACUGUUUUGGGAGCUGUGUAGGGAUUGCACUGUAGCCUCUGCGGGAAUUUAAAGGGAGGAGGUAGGGGUGUUUCUAUAAAACAGGGUGCCAGAUGGCUGAAGGAAGCUACCCAAACAGUCAGGCUGGUAGUGCCGAUUUCCUUCAGAGUGAUAUUGGGGACGGCCUGGAAAUCCAUACCAGCCGGACUCAUUGUUUCAACUUCGGUGCCACAAAUAGAAAUCCAGAUGCAGAAACUGAGGCACAGAGAAGUGAAGUGACUUGCCCAAGGUUACCCAAUAGGCCAGUUGCAGAACUAGGAAAAGAACCCAGCGCAGGUCGUAAUCUGAAGGAGUGGCUGAGGGAGCAGUUCUGUGACCACCCUAUUGAGCAUUGUGAGGACACGCGGCUGCAUGAUGCUGCCUACGUGGGGGACCUGCAAACACUCAAGAGCUUGCUGCAAGAGAGGAGCUUCCAAAGUCGAAUCAACGAGAAGUCUGUGUGGUGCUGUGGUUGGCUGCCUUGCACCCCCCUGCGAAUUGCUGCCACUGCUGGCCAUGGCAAUUGCGUGGACUUCCUCAUCCAGGAAGGGGCAGAGAUCGACUUGGUAGAUGUGAAGGGGCAGACAGCCCUGUAUGUGGCCGUUGUGAAUGGGCACCUGGAAUGUGCAAAAAUCCUGCUGGAGGCUGGCGCGGACCCCAACGGGAGCCGGCAUCACCGCAGCACUCCUGUGUACCAUACCUCCCGCGUGGGCCGGGCCGACAUCCUGGCAGAACUGAUCAGGUAUGGAGCUGAGGUGGAUGUUAACCACCAUCUGGCCUCACGGAUGCCCGGCCUGUCCUCGCGCGCCCUCACCUCCCUGGUGGUCUGCCCUUUGUACAUCAGUGCUGCCUAUCACAACCUCCAGUGCUUCAAGCUACUGCUCCAAGCAGGAGCCAACCCUGAUUUUAACUGCUGUGGUAUUAUCAACAUCCGGGGCUCCCCGGUUUGCAUGAUGGAUGCUGUCCUGAGACAUGGCUGUGAUGCAGCAUUCAUCAGCCUCCUGAUUGACUUUGGAGCCAACUUGAACCUAGUGGAGAUGGAGGCCCUAGAUACAGAAUCAACAGGAAGAAUCAGAGUCAACACAGAAGCCUUUCAAGUGUUCAAAGAAGCCAGGAGCCAUACCAGGAGCUUGUUGUCUCUGUGCCGUGUAGCUGUGCGGAUAAUACUCGGCAAAUCCCGUCUGUGUCUGAUACGCUCCCUUCCGGUCCCAGACCCCAUCAAACAAUUUUUACUUUAUGAACAAAGUUAAACUGUCACCAGCUGUUUCGGGGACAGUUUUCUUUAAAAAUAUGAGUGAUCUGGUAAAAAAAAGUGCCAAUUCCAACCUCAGCCCAAUUAAAUAUCGUAUAGCUAUUAGUACAA